GGUUGUGGGAUACACCAACCGAGAGAAUUGGGCGGAUUUUGACUCCUUUGGCCUUCCACAAGCCCGAUACUACACUGACAAGCCGAGGCGUGUGCGGACGGAGCUGGCUUAGCCGAACAGCCAGGCCAUGUCUUUAAAGAUGGAGCUGGAUGUCAGUGGAGUGUCCCGGGCCCCUGUGUCCAUUUUACCCGCUGCCGAGGUGAAAGCCACGCUGAAGCCUGAGGUGGAGAAGCCGCGCUGCUCCAGCACACCCUGCUCACCCAUCAAAAGUACUGUCUCAGGAUACCAGAUCCUCCACAUGAACUCUAACUACCUGGUGGGCUUCACCACUGGAGAGGAGCUUCUCAAACUGGCCCACAAGUGGUCCGGGCCGGAGAAGAGCGGCACAGAGCCUUUGCCCAGUGCCAUCCAGAAGCCUGUGGAUUUAGGGAUGCACCGGGCUUCACGUGUUUACAAAACCAAAAGCCGUUACUAUCAACCUUACGACAUCCCCGCGGUCAACGGGCGGCGCAGAAGGCGAAUGCCCAGCUCGGGCGACGCCUGCUUCAGAUCUUCGGCAGCCGGGGAGAGCAGUAAGGCCCUGCACGGCCCGCUGCCUCUAUGCCUGCUCAAGGCCAAGCGUGCGCACUCCAAAUCUCUGGACUACCUCAACCUGGACAAGAUGAGUCUCAGCGAGCCGGCCGACACCGACGUGCUGCAGUACCAGCUCCAGCACCUGACGCUGCGUGCCGAGCGCAUCUUCACCAGGAACAAGACAUGAGCGGAUGAAAUCGGGCCAGUCGCACCCACAGCCAGGCCUCACACACACCCCAGGAACUGGCUGCUGUUUUUGGGCCUUGCGUUUCUCCAGUCAGAUCAUAGGCAGAUCCUGUAGUAAAGGCACCUGUAGGCCACUAAUCUCGUUAUUUUAAGAACUGUUUGUUAACCAGAAGGUUCAGUGAGGUCCAGCUAACUUAAACUUUAACCUGUGAACAAAGUGAAGUUGUUUUAAGUGUGUGUGUGUGUGUGUGUGUGUUAGAGAUAGAGAGGAGAGUGUGUGAGGGUGAGUUUAUUCUGGAUUAGCAAUAAACUAUAUGCUUAACAGUUGCUACUACUACUGUGUGUGUGUGUGUGUGUGUGUGUGUGUGUGUGUGUGUGUGUGUGUGUACACCUGUGCUGCGGUGGAAAUGCCUCUUUGGCAGAAAAUGUACCUAUAACCUGCACUAGAUCAUACUGUUAGACAUCUGGAUUUCAUUUUUUCCCGGUUUAGCAUAGCUCACUGUGGUGUUCUCCUGAAGUUAACCUUUUAGCAUUAGCAUCUUCACACCUGUAGAUGUGUCAGUAGGUGAGCUCUGCACUCAUUUGCCUGUCAGUUAGGCAACACUCAAUGUUAAAAAUAUAAAUAAAUAACAGACUGUUACACAACGUUGAAGUUAUUUAAGAGGGUUGGUCAGAUAACGCUUGCGUCCACUCGCGCUGAGAUUAGUGCCUCACAUACACACUAUUAAUCCCCCUUUAGUUUCUUCACACCGAGUAAUCCAGCACGCUUAUUUACGCCAUACAUGAAGGAUAAAUGUGAACACUGGUAAUGUUUACGUUGAUCGGUUCACAUGGGAUUGAUUUUAUUAUUAUUUUCUAAUGCUGGUGCACAGCAUUGCUACUAAAACAAACCAAAGGAUGAACUUUGGCUGUCCUGGGAAACACUUGACUGAGAAUGCGAUUUUUUUGUGCAACAACACCUGACAAUCAUAUUUCUAUCCAGUAAAAUCCAGACAGUUGAACCAUUACUCCCAGUUUUGGUGCUCAUCAGACGUUAUGUAUUUCUCAUGUCACGCUUCUUAUUGUGUCUCAUCCUCUUAAAAUAUUUCCUGACUUGAUUACUGGUCACAAACACCUCCACAGUUAAUAGUGUGAAUCUGAUGCACUGCUUUGAGGCAUAUUGUAUUUUUUUAAGACCAUCUGGGUUGAUGGUUUGAUAUAACAACACUGUAUACUGUAUGUUUUCAGCAGUUUAUAAAAGAAAUGAUCCCCAUAAACUACACUGAUAUAGUUUGAGUGGCUUACACCGGACAAAUCAACUCUGAAUUUGUUUGUUUGUUUAUUUGUUCUUUUAUUUAAUUGUCACACUAAUUUGAAUCAUGUGGUGUUUGAUGUAAUGGUGUAAAUCUACAAUUCUAUUAUUAUCUGAAUUUUUCCAGUUGUUUUUUCCCCACAGGGGCUGAACAGGGCGGAGUUUAGUGGCUGAUUUGUCCCAUGCUGCCCCACCCUUUAUUUCUACCCUUUAUUACAAGUGUCAUCUUUCUAUAUUUUUUCUUCACUUCCUUGAUUGAAACACCAUGCACUUCUUCUUCUUCUUCUUCUUCUUCUUCUUCUUCUUCUUCUUCUUUUCCUCCUCCUUUUUGUGUAUUAAUAAUAUGUUGUAUAAAUAUGCUCAGCACCUUAGAUUGCCAGAUAUCGGUGAUGUAGUGGUCAUGUUUUCUUCUGUCUUGACUGAACUGCAUAACGUUUUGUUUACAUAUUGGUUUAUUAUAAGACUGUACUGCUGUCAUGAGUUUGUGCUUCUUCUACUUUCUUCUUCUUUGUUAUUUUAAGCUUAAGGAUUUGGUCAGAGCGUGCCAUGAAUGUAAUGGAUAAAGCUGUUGUUGUGUUCUGUAUCUCAUCUGUUUGGAAGCUGGAAAUGGUUUCUGUGACUCAGGACUGAGGCAGACUAUUUCUCUAUUCAUCAGUACAGUUACACUGGGACAACAAACUACUCCUAAAUAUCAGCUCAUGUAAAACAUCUAUAUAAAGACUGAGACUAAAGGAGUCAUUUAAUAUGUGACUAUUACUAUUGACAUGUUAAUAGUGUAGGCUUCAUAUUGUUUUGUUUUUUUCUUUUUCUUUAUUAAGGCUAUUGCCACAAUGCAAGCUCCUGGACUUUAAAUGCUACAGUAAAACCUUUUCACCGUCACAUGGUUUGUGAUCUGUCGCAUUAUCCCGGCUCUUCUUAGCCUGCUGUACUGCUCCAUGUGUGUGAAUGUGAUUUCAGGACACAAGCACCACUAAUGAACUCAUCUCAGCCUCGCAGUUUCACAGCUUCUCUGUACAGACACAAGGAGCCAUGCUAGGUCCCGGUGCCUUGAGCUCUAGUGAAACGUACGACGUGCUUCAUGUACGUCUGCCUUUUCUGCUGAUGAACACUUCUCUAGCUAGUAUGUUUACGUCGUUAGGGUGAACAAUCCGUAAUCCUGUAGGCUGACUGCGUCUCCUUGCCCUGCUGAGUGUUUGUGUGACCUGCCAUGCUUUCGUCUGUAUUAAGUUUAACCUUACACUUACAUGAUUAAAACACUACGCUGCA